AGCGGAUAACUCAGACUCAGUUUCCACAUUGUUUGAUGUUCAAAAGAAGGGAGAUUUACGUAGAUCUCUGAGUUUCUGAGAGCCUGUGUUUCAGUGAUAAGAACAAACUGUUUUCAUCCCGCAGAAAGACGUUUUUAUCCUGAUCAUGGCUGUGACCAACCAACCGGGGACAUAUGCACCCUCUGAUUUCCAGACGGGCCUACUUGACUUCUGCGAUGACUGUGGAACCUGCUGCUAUGGAUAUUUCUGCUUCCCAUGCCUCGGCUGCUCCAUCGCCAGUGCCAUGGACGAGUGCUGCCUGUGCGGUAUAGGCAUGCCCAUCAGGAGCGUGUACAGGACCAGAUACAACAUCAGAGGGUCGAUGUGUAAGGACUACCUGGCCUCCACGUUCUGCCUCCUCUGCUCCACCUGCCAACUGAAGAGAGAUAUCGACCUCCGGAAGGAGCAGGGCAUCUUUUGAGAGGGUGAAGGCCGGCUCUAGGAUUUUGAUGUCCCUGAACAAGAUUUUGUUUGUGGCCUCAACGCCCUCCAAGCUCAAACGCCAAAUCACACACACUUCUGACAAAUGACUAAACAGACAGAUGGACGAAUUCAUUACAAAUCAAUUACUUCAUUUGGAACUAAAAAAUAUUUUUCACAAAAUAAAAAAAUGAAUAAUGAAUUUCUGUGAAUCUUUACUGCUUUGUAUGACAAAUACUGCCCUUUAAGAACUGUUAAGACAAAAAAAUACGUAAAUAAGCCAUGGAUUACCAAAGGUUUAAAAAACUUUUUGUACAAGCAAUUUAUAAAUUCAAGAACUAAAGGGGCAGAGGCAAAAUAUAAGAAAUAUAAAAUUAAAUUGACCAGCAUAAUGAGACAACAGAAAAAAAUUAUUAAAAUAAACAAUUAAUUCAGAAUAGAAAUGAUAUUGAAUAACAUAAUUCACAGCACAGCCUCUGACCUGGGACUUUCUGAACUUCAUUGAUUCAUUCAGUUUUACACAAGCCGUCUCCGGUUCAACUCAUGAAAAAGGCCACACACUUGAUCUUGUGUUAUCCUAUGGUGUUUCUGUAUCUGUGAAUGAAAUCUGUGCCAUGUCUUUCUCCGACCACUCCCCUAUUCUGUUCUCUGUAUCAGUUGCACAAAGAUGCGAGAUCACAUCCCCCCGGUCCUUGCAUCACUCCACUCCCCAUCCGCUACCGUAUUAACUUCAAACUUCUGACCGCUUAAAAAUCCCUCCACGGCCUGUCCCCACAUACCUGUCUGAUAUUCUCCACCACCACAUCCCAUCUAGAGCACUCCGGUCAGCCGACCAACUGUUGUUGGAAGUGCCCAGGACCAGGCUUAAAACCAGGGGGGACAGAGCCUUCGCUGUGGCAGCCCCCAGACUCUGGAACUCCCUCCCCCUACACAUCCGGGCAGCCCAGUCUUUACAUAUUUUUAAAUCUCAGUUAAAGACCCACCUUUUUUCCCUUUUCCCCCAUUAGUGUCUUUUUAUAUUGUCUUAUUCAGACUUUGUCUUAGCCCUUUUCUUGUCCCUUUUUUAUGUCUUCGCUUUUUAAGCACUUUCUGUGAAGCGGCUGAGCCGUUUGUUUAUGUGCUAUACAAAUAAAAUGUGACUUUGACUUUGAUAAUUAAAGGUGAAGCAGUUAAAUCUGACUAUCCUGAUUACUUUAACACUUUAACAUGAAAUCUGUCAAUACAAAAAUAAAAUCUACUGUCAAUAAA